AUGUCUCUGAAGAACUCUACUGCCACUUUGAAGCUAAACACCGGUGCUGAAAUCCCAGUUGUCGGACUGGGUACCUGGAGGUCUGCUGCCAACGAUGGUUACGAUUCUGUUCUAGCUGCCUUGAAGCUGGGUUACAGACAUAUCGAUGCUGCUGCCAUCUAUGGUAACGAGGACCAAGUUGGGAGAGCCAUUAAGGACUCUGGUGUGCCAAGACAAGAAAUAUUUAUCACAACGAAACUAUGGGGUACCGAACAUAGAAACCCAGCCAAAGCUCUGGACUCCUCUUUGAAAAGGCUGGGGUUGGACUAUGUUGAUUUGUAUUUGAUGCAUUGGCCGGUUGCUCUUAAGGCCCAUGGCUCUGAGGAGAAGGACUUGCUCAACAUUCCAAAAAAACCAGAUGGCAAGACUGAUAUUGACAUCGAGGAUUGGGAUUUCAUCAAGACUUGGGAAUUAAUGCAGGAGCUACCAAAAACUGGUAAAACCAAGGCAAUUGGUGUCUCCAACUUUUCUAUAAAUAAUCUGAAGGCGUUGAAAAACUCUCCAAAGUUCAACACUGUUCCAGCCGCUAACCAGGUUGAAAUUCAUCCAUUAUUUCCACAAACCGAAUUGAUCGAAUACUGUAAGAGUGAAAAUAUCCUGAUUGAAGCCUACUCUCCAUUUGGUAGUGCAGAUGCCCCAGUUUUAAAGGAACCAGAAUUACACAAACUUGCUGAGAAAUACAAUAUUAGCACUGCCCAACUAAUCAUCAGCUGGAGUGUACAAAGGGGUUACGUUGUUCUUCCAAAAUCUGUGCAUGCAGAGAGAAUUGAAGCCAACUUGAAGGUAUUAACCCUGAAGGAUGAAGACAUGGAAACCAUUACCAACUUGUCCAAAGUCAAAGGUGAAAAGAGAUUGGUACAACUGGACUGGUCACCUUUCCCUACAUUUGAAUAG